AUGGCCAAAUCCAGAUUUGAAUAUGUGAGAGGGUUUGAGUCUCAUGAUACACUUCUUCCUCAAACCUAUACAGUGGUUAGAAUUGAUGGUAAGAAAUUUCAUGAGUUUUCUGACUACUAUGAUUUUGAAAAGCCUAAUGAUACACGGGCAUUGAAGUUGAUGAAUGCAUGUGCAAAGAAUGUGGUUCUUAAAUAUUCUAAUGACAUAAUCCUGGCCUACGGGGAAAGUGAUGAAUAUUCAUUUGUUUUUAAACAUGAUAGUGUGUUAUUUAAUAGACGAAAAGAUAAGCUAUGUUCGUUGUUCGUUUCUUUGUUCACCGCUAAUUAUGUUGCACUAUGGGGAAAGUUUUUUGUAGAUAUGCCUCUGAAUAAUAAAUGUCUACCAUGUUUUGAUUCUAGAUGUGUGUCUUAUCCUAAUCUUCAAACUGUUAAGGACUAUUUGUGCUGGCGGUUUGUUGACACGCACAUUAAUAACCUCUACAAUACCGUUUUUUGGAACCUUAUUAUUAAAUGCAAUCUAACAGCAGUGGAGGCAGAGAAUAAGCUAUGUGGCACAUUAUCCCGUGAUAAACAUGAGAUUUUAUUCAGUGAAUGUGGCAUUAAUUACAAUAAUGAACCGGAACUAUUUAAAAAAGGAUCGCUAAUCACUAGGACAGGUGAUAUCUUGCAUAUUGAUGUUGUGAAGCAGAUAGACGCACUCUUCGAAGGUUACUAA